CGAACUGUCAAUAGGGAAAUAUAAACUAGCACAAAAAUCAACAAAAUAUAAUUUAAACAAAAAAAAACACAAAAAUGCAAUAAUAAAAUGGAACGAAUCGUAUUGGGAAUUUCAUCAAUAAAUUUGUAUAGUAGCAGUGAAACUUUUCCUGAAAAACCUGUUGUUUCUAACGCCGCAUUCGACUCUCCCAUCGAAAAUUGUCGACCCUCCACAACAAACCAAUCGUUUUCCUUCACAAUGGCCACAACUGGAGAACUCACUGAUGGAGGAGAUGAAUUUCCAGCCGAUUACUCCGAUCAAACUGAAGCGGAAUACACUCCACCGCGUUCUCGACGAAGUCUACCUCCUAGAAUGGCCAAAUCGAAGGAGAAUUCUCUGUUGCGGAUUAAGCGACGUUCAAUUAUGAAACCACGACGCAAUCUGAAUGUUGAAAUCAAAAAAAUCUACCUUGACAAUAAGGUCAAGGGCAACUUUCGACCAUCGAAUCUUGAAACCAUAUUCGAGGAACCAACCCCUGACAAAAACAAACAGCUCUGCUUUAUUGGAGCCAAGAAGAUCAAACGCAGUUUGUCCUGUUCGGAUGGUCUCAAUGUAACCAAAACAACAGUAAAAUCACGAAGAAACAAAAUCAAGAAGACGUUCGGGCGUAGAUUUGCUCUGAAGAAAAUUUCCCUAGACGACUUUAUUGAUCGACUGAAUGCGAGCUUUGAGGAUAAACCAUUUAGCUCAUCUCAAAGUGUUCCCCAGACACCCACAACAACCUAUGUAGAGGAUAAGGCUGAUGAAACUACCUAUUCCAAGGCAGGAGAUGUUAAUGAGGCUGAUGACAUGGAAUGCAGUGAUGAAACGUUGCUUUAAGAAGAGAAUAGUGUACCUUAACUUUCCCGUCUUUACUAUAGCCCGUCUUGCAUAACAAAUGGACUGUCUUUUUUAGCUAAAAGAUUUAAAAAGAGACGGAAGUUGGAAACUAUUCUAAGACUUAUUCCAAAGUGGUCAAACUAUAUAUUUUAUUGUUCUCUCUCUUUUGAUAUACAUUUUAGGAAAUACCUAAUUUUGAAUUUAUUUGUAUUUUUUGUAUUCCAAACAACCAACUCAUUCUCCCCAUCAACACUGUCCAUGGAAUAUUAUAAAAUAAAUAUAUAUGUAUUUGUUAAGUGUUUAUACUUUAAAAUUAA